CUUCUUCUUCUUCGUGUAGAGAGAGAGAGAAGGUUAGGAGGGAGGUGCGCCACCUCCGUCUUCCCGCGCCCGCUUCUCCAGGUAUUAGUGUGUACACGGACGCUGGAGUGGAGAGAGAGAGAGCUUGCAGCUGCUUUGUUAUUUCUUCUCCCGUCUAAAAAAAAGUUGUGUGCAGUUUUUUUCGAUUCGACGACUUGUAUAUUUUUCCCGACUGUCUCAAGUUUUGUUUGGUGUGUGUCUGUGUGUGUGUCAACUCGCAUCAUGCAACAUUGAUCGGAUAUAUUUCACUUUAGUCGACAGACAAGAAGAAGAAGAAUCCUUUUUUUUCCAGGUGCAAGAUUUGUCUUGUCACGACCGCCUUCUCUUCCUUCUUCUUCUUCUUCUUCUUUCUGUUUGUUGAUUGGAAGUUGAAAUUUAAAAAAUAAAAAAGGCGGGGCUAGUCUUCCUCCAUCAAGUGAGAGUGUCGUUUGGGUUGUUGUUGUUGGACUUUUUGGCGAACCGAAAGAUUUAAAAAAGAAAAAGAAAAAUCAAACAAAAAGUGUCGGUUUGCGGUGUGAGCGGAACAAUGGAAGUGGAACAGCUGGAACGUUCGUCGACGACGGCCGGCGGCCGGGUGUUUUACCGGCCAGCCUCCCGUAAUCGAAUCAACAGUAUGGAAGGUGUGGUGAUUAGUAGUGAGCCUCCUCCGCAACAACAACAGCAACAGCAGCAGCAGAGAAUCCGGCUGGCCUCGUCGGUCCUCUCGGUUGCAACCAUCAUCAAAACGGAGCCGCGCUCCACCUCCGACUCGCCCACCACGCAACAACAACAACUGCACAACAACUCUUCUUCUUGUUCUUCUCCUUCUCCGUCCUCGGCUAGUUCGAUCCGUCGAUCACGCUCCCGCAUCAGUACCGGGGGAGGCAGCCCAUUGGGUAGUUCACCUUCUCCGACGUCGCCCUCGGCCGCAAUGCACCCGAUCUCCAUGUCGUUGCUCCACUCGUCUUCUCCGUCGUCUUCGCAUCCGCACCAUCCGCACCACUCGUUUUACGGCGGAGCGACGACGCCCACCUUGGGGGCGUCGACCAGCGGCUCCGUCCACUCGCCGAGUCCGCUCAAGCGCUCCCGACACAACCACAUUAUCAUCAACAACAACAACAACAACAGCAACAACAGCAGCAGCGCCAUGGAGGAAUGGUUGCCGUCGCCUGGGCAAAUGUCGGUCGACUCGAUGUCACCGCCGCCUCCGCCCAGCAGCUCCUCCAUGUCGAUGAGGGGAGCCAACGACGGGCUGCUGAUGCUGGACGGCCAAUCGCAACAACAACAGCAACAACAGCAGCAACUACUAUUACAACAACGGGGGUCCACCUUGCCGCCUUCGGUCAUCUCAUCGUCCAACGGCUACUCGCCGUCGCCCAUGUCGACGGGCAGCUACGAGCCGCCAUUCAGUCCGGGCGGAGGCGGUGGAGGCAAAUUGGGUCGAGAAGAUUUGUCGCCGCCGGGCAGCGUCAAUGGCGGUGGCGGUUACUCGGUUGACAGUUUUGCCGAUGCCAAGAAGAAGAAAGGUCCCGUACCGCGACAACAGGAGGAAUUGUGUCUGGUCUGCGGUGAUCGAGCUUCCGGUUACCACUACAACGCCCUCACCUGUGAAGGAUGCAAAGGAUUCUUCCGGCGGAGUAUCACGAAAAAUGCAGUGUACCAGUGCAAGUACGGCAACGGCUGCGACAUUGACAUGUACAUGAGGCGAAAGUGCCAAGAGUGCCGACUGAAAAAGUGCCUGACGGUUGGCAUGCGACCGGAAUGUGUCGUUCCAGAGUACCAGUGCGCCGUCAAAAGGGAAGCCAAGAAAGCGCAAAAGGAAAAGGACCGGCCCAAUUCCAGUUCGCUGGGAUCGCCCGACAUGAAAGAGCCUGAAAUCAAGGCCAUCCACCACCAACAACAGCAGCAGCAGCAGCAACAACAACAGCAGCAACAACAAUUGCAGCAGCAGCAGCAGUUACAACAACAGCAGCAACACAUUCACGUGUUGGAUGAGAAACCCAUGGUGGUUUGCGGCACCGCCAACGGAGGUGUUGGCAACGGGUUGGCCGUCAAACCCCUCAGUCCCGAGCAGGAGGAGCUCAUCAAUCGGCUCGUCUAUUUCCAGGAAGAAUUUGAUCAACCGUCCGAAGAGGAUCUGAGAAAAAUUUCCACGUCGGGCAUUCACGAAUCGGACGCCGACGCCAAAUUCAAACACAUAACGGAAAUGACGAUCCUGACUGUGCAGCUGACGGUCGAGUUUUCCAAGCGGCUGCCGGGCUUCGACACGCUCCUGCGCGAGGAUCAGAUCACGUUGCUCAAGGCGUGCUCGAGCGAGGUGAUGAUGCUGCGCUGCGCCCGACGCUACGACGCCAACACGGACUCGAUCGUUUUCGCCAACAACCUGCCCUACACGCGCGAGUCGUACAACAUGGCCGGCGUCGGAGACACGGCCGAGCCGCUCUUCCGCUUCGGCAAGAGCAUGUCGCAGAUGAAAGUCGACAAUGCCGAGUACGCCCUUCUCACGGCCAUCGUCAUCUUCUCUGAACGACCGGGAUUGGUGGAGGCGAGAAAAGUGGAAAAGAUUCAGGAGAUUUACCUCGAAGCGCUUCAGGCUUACGUGAUGAACCACCGGGUGCGGCCGAUGACGGAAUUCGCAAAGCUCCUGUCGGUGCUAACCGAGUUGCGCACGCUCGGCAACCUCAACUCUGAGAUGUGCUUUUCUCUCAAGCUCAAAAACAAGAAACUGCCGCCCUUCCUCGCCGAAAUCUGGGACGUUCAUUCGUGAAAACGAUCUCCUCUCUAUUCCCACCCCCUUACCAACUCUCCUCUUCGCUUCCGCCUCCCUUGAAAAAAGCCCCGGGCACACAAACAAAUUAACGACUCGCACACAAAACUUACCAGACAAAAAAAUGUCACACACCCCGCCCCAUAUAUAUAUAUAUAUAUAUACAUACAAAUUUUGUUUCUUUUUCUUUUUGGUUGUCUUGGCCCUUGAGAUCUCUCUCUCUCUUUUUCCCUUAAUAUUUUUGGGGGGGAUUAUUUUUUUUUUUUUUCAUUUAAUUAGAUCCUUUGGGGGAGGGCUGGGCAAUUCUGGUGCGAUCGAUAAUUAUUAUUUUUUUCCUGUUGGAAUUUGAGAGAAAAUCAGUACCUGAGAGAGACGCGCAAUCUCUCUUGGCGCGUUAUUAGAUCGUGUGAAAGAGAGAGAGUCUUAACAGAAAAGAAAAAAGGAAAAUCCAUUUUUAUGUAAUUUAGAA